AUGGCCUCCAAAAAUCAGACAGUCGAGUCACAGGGCGUAGUUCAAGUAGAAAUAGCCGACUUGGAGCGCCGUCUCGCAGCAGCCAAGGCACGUCUACGCACACCACCAUCGAGGGGGCCCAGUCCACCUCGACCUUCGUUCCAAUCACCACUCAACUCACCAACACACUACCUUCUCCUCCUCUCCGACUCCCAGCUACCCAUCGGCUCAUUCGCAUUCAGCAGCGGGCUAGAAUCAUACCUGACGCACAACCGCCGCGCCACAUUCUCCUCAUUCCUCCCGCUCUCGCUGUCCUCCUACGCCGCCACGACUCUGCCCUUUGUCCUGGCCGCCCAUCGCGAUCCCUCCUCCCUCGUGGCCCUGGACGAUCAGCUCGACGCAGCCGUGAUAUGUACCGUCGGUCGGAGGGCCAGCGUCUCGCAGGGCCGGGCCCUCCUGUCCAUAUGGGAGCGCUCGUUUAGAGCCACGCUCCCCGAGAGCGCCGACCUGCCGGUCCUCCGCGAGUUUGCAGCCUUGCUCAAGGACUGCGGAUCAGCGGCUGAUGAAGUGCCGCCCGUCUCAGCCCACCUAGCACCUCUGUUUGGUGUGAUAUGCGCAGUUGUGGGACUGACGCUCCAGCAGACGGCGUACAUGUACAUGGUGAGCCACCUCAAGGCGUUGGUGUCUGCUGCAGUGAGGGCGAGCAUGUUUGGGCCGUACCAGGCGCAGAAGGUGUUGGCCGGGGAGCAGGCGCAGAGGUGGAUUGGGCAUGUGAUUGAUCGGGAGUGGGCGACGACGGUAGAGGAGGCUGGGCAGAGCGUGCCGGUAAUGGAUCUGUGGAUCGGGCGGCAUGAGGUUUUGUACUCGAGGAUCUUUAAUAGUUGA